AUGCAGUUUGCAUUGAUAUCUUUGAUUCCGGGCUUGCUUCGAAAUCUUCAGGAUUCUGCCGAUCCAAGUCUUGAUUCUUAUAGUCGCACUGUUGAGAGACCGACAACACUGAAGACAAGUGAACGGAGUUCUUUGCUAUCAUAUAUGGGCUUGCCAUUACAGCUAUUCGGCAAGGGAUCCUUCUUCGGUCCAUAUACGCCGCUUCAACAACUAGAUAUUCUCGCUGAUUACGAUACGAAAUCCUAUGUUGUUGGCUCCACAAAUAGCCUUCUCCUGCAACAGAAAGAACGCUACUCGGAUAUUCUCAUCAAUCUAGAUGAAUCCAACAGUAUCACAAUUACCUCCACAUCUCUGCGCACCGCACUGUCCCUCUCGGCUGCAGAUCGCCGCUGGAUAGACGGUCUCACACAAACUGUACUAGACACGUGGGAUCCUGAGAAUCCAUCAAGGCCCAAAAACAUGGGUUUCGCAGGGUCUGAAGAUGCUAUCCGCUUCCAGUUUGAAGAAUAUGUCUUAUCUCUCCUCAGCUCGAUGGCAUACCAGGUAUAUCACGAGGCGAUGUCGGAAGCCAAUGUUCCCGCCAGCGUGAGCAACACUGAACACUACCCAGACCCAGACGACACAGCCAGUGACUUUAACCCGGAGUUCCUCACCAUGUGGCGAGAGACGAACAACUUCGCGCUAUUCAAUCGUUUAACGGAAGAACACCGUGUCUUUGAUAUUAUCGAGCCUCGCCACCCCACAGCCGGCGGACUAAAUGUUGAAGAUGUGCAACGCCGAGUCCAGCAGACCGUGGCGGAGUUGCACCUCGACGAACGGGUGAGAGAGGGAAGAGAACAACUAGGCAAGACGUUCGCCUCCGGCAAGGAGAGAGUGGGUGCGGGUGUCGCUCGCUUCUGGGCCGAAGUGGAGAAGGCCAGGGAGCAACGACAGACCAAACAACAGCAGACAAGUCGCAAUGCAAGCCAGACUCGCGAGGGUGCAGGAGGGGACUGGGAGAUUGUCGGAGGAGAUUUUAACGCCGUCAAGCCAAAGGAAAACGUCGACCCAUCGUUGGCGACCGACAAGACCACCAGUGCGCCAUCACAUCCUCCUUCGUUCAACGAUACCACAACCGCGUCCUCCACGUCGCCACCGACAGCAGGAACAACAGCAACAGCAACCCUGGGCUGGGCUUCAUCACUCCGCGACCGCGCCGCAAAGACCCAGUUCCAGAAACCCAACGUCGACACUGCACAGCUGCAGGCGUCGGCACGCGAAAAUGCCGCAAAAGCUGGGGCCUACCUCAGCUCCUGGGGCAGUUGGGCCAAGGAACGCGUCCAGCAGCAGCAGCCGACGAAACCACCUGGCGGAACUGGGAAAGCAGAUGGUUAG